AUGGGUGGCAUCCGUGGGGGUAACAGGGGCGUCUUGUUGGCCCUCCUGGUCUGGCUUCAGCUUCUUCAGCCUCUGUUUAGUGGCAUUUACAAACCCAGAAAGGAUUCCGGAGUGAUGCCGACAAGUCCUGAGGCCCUGGCACAGUGGCGCUGCUUGAAGCCCCGGAGUAUUUCAGAUCCCUCAGUAGUUCCGGUGUCUCCAGAGUCGACUGCGACUCCAGGAUCAGGGCCUGUCUCAGCGACCACAACCGAAGAUGACUUGGAAUCCAGUGGUAGCUCUCCAGGAGAACCGUUUUUUUCUAGGUACUGCUAGGGCUCUACAGACGCCUGUGGCCAUAGAAUUACAGAGCUAAAUCAUGGAAGUUUAUCUGUAGUGAGGAAGUGGCCCUGGCAGGUGAGCCUGCAGAGCAAAAAUGAACAUGUGUGGGGAGGCUCCCUCAUCGGCCACCAAUGGGUGCUGACUGUGGCCUAUUGUAUAAAUGGCCACCAGGAAUACACAACGAUGCUGGGAGAUAAUAAGUUGAACUGUAAAUCUGAAAAAACGCUUCUGGUCCCAGUCCAAGAUAUCAUUUUACCUGCCAAUUUUGACAUGAAAACCAUGAGCGAUGACAUUGCUCUCGUUCUGCUGAAAUUUCCUGUGACCUACUCAGCAGACAUCCAGCCUGUGUGCCUUCCCAGAGAGCCCUUCCAAGUGAAAAACGGGACAGAGUGCUGGGUGACCGGCUGGAGCAACCACAAAAAAACUGAUACUGUGUUUGCUUCAGCUCUUCAGGAGGUUCAGCAACACAUUCUUUCCCGUAAGCAUUGCGACCGUCUGUUCCAGAGAGAGCUGCAAACAUCGAAAAACAUAGACAAAGGGAUGAUCUGUGGUCAGCACGACUCAGGACAGAGCCCUUGCUGGGGAGAUUCUGGGGGCCCCCUUGUCUGUGAAAUCGACAAGACAUGGACCCAGGUGGGGAUUGUGAGCUGGGGCCUCAGCUGUGGCCAAAUCCCCAUUCCCUCAGUUUACACAGACAUCAGUGAAUACAGUGAUUGGGUCGAAUUUAUUUUAAGUCAGGCCUCCCAUACGGAUUCCACAGGAGUGUUGGUUCUAUGCCUGAGUCUGGUGCCGCACCUGGCCAUCCUGGUCACUCUGUGA